AUGGGCCGCAUCGUUCGCGAGGACGUCGCGCAUCAGAGGUACCUCACCGUCUUCGACAGGGAGGUGGAGUUCGACAUCCCCGGCGAGAGCGCGCCCACGCGAAUCAACUACGACAUCGUCGGGCACCCGCGGUCGAGGUUUCAGUUCUCGGUGGUGUUCCCGUUCCACCCUCGGGACGCUUCCAACCCGCUGCCGACGGUGACGCUGAUCCGGGAGUACAUGCAGGGGAGCAACGCGAUGGGAUACUCCCUCCCCACCGGAUCGUUCGACCCGAAGAAGCACGCCAACUUCGCCGACGUCGCCGUGGACGAACUCGCGGAGGAGGCGAGACUGAGGGGCGGAGUCAUGACCAGUCUGCUCCCCCGGGAGGACCACCCGGGGUUCCUGGAGAGCAAGUGGUGCGCCAACAGGUUCAAACCGUUCGUGUGCGUCGGACCCGAGAGUUACGAAGGAGGAGGAGUACAAGGCGGCGCAGCCGUGGGCGACGAGCCGCCGAAGAGGGACGCGGAGGAGUUCUCCAUCACCGUCCACCGAGUGUCCCUGGAGAAGCUUGCGGAGAUCAUGAACGGCGGCGACAUGACGCCGCCGAGCGUGGUCACGUCGCACAUGGCGCUGGCGCACCUCGCGAAGGAGGGCAUGCUCUGA